AUGAUAGUUAAGUAUUUAGCAUUCAGAAUGACGGCUAUUGGUUUGCUAAUGUUGGAGGAUUUGGAUCGCAGUCAGAUCACGUUCGUUUUCCUGUUACAUAGAACGCAGCGAACGAAAAACAACUGGCGCAAUUACGAGGGUUCUACUACCUCUCGAUGGCUAAAUCAGUUUGAGAAUCGCACCGUCCGAGCUAGCGACACUCAAGUAAUCUACACGAUUCACCUUCCCUCCUUUACAAAAAAAGGGACUUAUUUCGAUGCCUCCAAAUACGCAGCACUGCUCUCCCACCUGGGAGUCAGCAUUGUCCACCUGCUUCCUCUCGAAGCCAGUCGCUGCGACAGUUCAUCGACCAUCGAUCUUUCUUGUUGGUACCAUUCCCGCGUCAUUUACCCGGGAAUCCCUCACCCCGAUCUCGGCUCGGUCUCCGAUCUCCACGCCUUUCUCGCCAAGCUCAUGCAGUUCCAAAUCAGCGCCGUCGCCGAGCUGGACCUCGCCCACUUCACACACGACUCGGACUGGUACAACUACGACGGCUCCGCCACCAGCCAAUCAUUUGGCGCGCUCUUCGGCGUGUCUCCCGUGUAUUCCUACCGCGACGAGACCUGCAGCAAGCCCGACUUCCGCACGGGCGCCGCCUCUCAGUUGGUUCUGAGCUCGAUUUUGAAUCGGUACGUGUCGACGUUCGGGCUGCACGGGUUUUGGAUGAAAGGAAUGCUCUGUCUGCGGCUGGACGGAGCGAGCUGCGAGCAGGGCGUGGGCGCAGACAACGAUCACGUCAUCAGUUUUCUCCGCGAAAUGGCCAAUCGCGGAUGGACGCUGCUCGGAGAAGACGGGAACGGGUUCGUCCAAGCCGCUACCUCGCGAAUCAAGGACAUCACAGCGCCUAUCUCGCAAGGCGGACUCGGUUUCACCGCGCAGAGCAAUCUCGCGAAAGGCGAACUUUUGGUCUCCAUCGUUUUGCAGAAGCCAAUCCCCGGACUCGAGCUCGUUCGAUUCAUCGAGGGCUUCGCCGACUUCUCCGCCCGGCACGUGCUCGCUCUCAACACUCCCGAGACCAUCCACGUUUCCACGGUUUCUACGAUUGAGUCGUCUUCUUCUCCUCCACUCCGUCUUCCUUCUCGCUCCCGGCUAUCUCCAGAUCUUCAUGGGUUUCUACGUUUCCACUUUUUGAGCGAGGUCGGUUCGUUCAACGAGGCUUCGAUGACCUGGGAAUCGAGAGGUCCUCGCUUUGGCGUGUUCAAUUACACGCGAACGCUGCUGUCUUACCGCGUCUCGCGCGCUCUUGUGCCGCCCUACGCGCCGUCGCUGUACUUCAACGCGAAUGACACGGUGUUCGCGCUGUUGCUGAAUAAAAAAAUGGAGCGCGCGGUGAUCGUGAUGAAUACCGCGGCAAGACCCACCAAUGCUUCAGUGGAGAUUGACUUCCCGCCGUCGUUUUCGGGGAAGUGGACGCCGGUGAUCAAGUCCGAUGGCGCGGAGAUUUUUGGCGGCAAUCCGUCGAAGGGGGAUGAGGUGGUUGUAGGGAAAUGUUUGAAUCAGAUGGCGCAUAAAUAUAUGCAGUGUGCGAAUGUAACAUUGGGAGCGUUUGCUUUCCGCAUUUAUGAAUCUUAUUAG